UUUUGCUGACUCAGCAGCAUGCACCAAGUUUGAGGACGCAUGGAGGAUACACGAGGAGAAGGAGAAGAAGGAGUGGAGGAGGAGGUGGGCAGUGCCGCGGCAUCCCUGCCUCCUCAGAUGCAGCUGCUGUCCACCUGGGAAGUGAGGAGAGUUCCCCACAAUUGUGUGACCAGGCAAGAAUAGUUGAACACAUCCAACCCUUCUUCACAGCUCUCUCUUACUCCUGAUGAACAGGCUGUGUACGGUGACGGUGACGAGACUGGAGGUGAGACAGGCUCUGGAGCCUAGCCUACCCUCUGUGGUGGUUGCCGUGGCAAUGAAGACUCCACAUCGCUUUCUGCGCUCCAACGAGAUUCCCCUCCCUCCUUCGGGGACCCUUGACAUUCCUCUCCAACUGACCUUUGCCCUACAGUACCCUCAUUUCCUGAAGAGAGGAGGCAACAUCCUGCAGAUCAGGGUCCAGAGAAGAAAGAGGUAUCGGAACAGAGCAAUUGGUGGCUACAAGACCCUUGCAAUGGGGACUCUGGAGAUGUCCCAGGUGCUACAAACAAGCUACGCAGGUGAGGUCCACCUGUUCUCGGAGAAGCCACCUCAGGUCGUUGCCGUGGUGACGGUGGGCAGUCUCACCAGCACUCCGGUGUACCACGAGUCCCAGAGAGAAGGUUCCAGUGAUGAGGAGGAAGACGACAUGGCCUACUCUGACUACCAUGGCUCUGACUCUGACAGUGGGGAGGGAGCUGACGUCUAUCAUCGCUCACCUCAUCCCCACAAACUCAAGAGCAAGGCUCCCAAGCCAUCGUCGCGGAUGCUAAGACUCCUGGGUAUCAAGAGCUCCAAGACACACACGGCAGAAGAUGAGCUAAUGGAUCUACAGGGAGAGGACCCAGAGUGUGCAGUGACAUUUGCGUCCUCCGUAUCGGAGAGUGAGGAAGAGGAAGAGGGAGUGGGCGGUCCCUCAACACCUCCCAGACCUACACUCAGCCCGUUCUUUGGUUCUGACAGGUGCAGUAUGGUCAGCAUCCCCAACAGUGUCCGGUCCGCUGAAGUGGGUUCAGAGUUCAUGCAGCAACCGUCUGCCUUGUCAGUCCUGAAACAGAGCUCCCUCGAGGACGCCACGCCAGAGGGUGAGGACACAGUUGUUGUGGGCGAGGAGGGAGGAAGAGGGAGAGAGGUGGGGAAGAAGAGGGUGUGGGUGGUUGGGGAAGAGAGUGUGGCUGGUGCCCUGAGGGAGAUUAGGGAGAGGGUGCUGCUGGCGGACAGGGGGAAAGGCAGGGAGGAGGUUGUCAGCAAGAUCGUGACUCACCUGACAAGUCUCACCAGUGUGGAGAGUGGUGUGCUGUGUGUCGUGGUGGUUGGAGAGGAUUGGCUUGUCUCCGCUGUCCUACAGGUCGUCCUACAGGUCACCUCUGCCACUGAGACUCCGUGUCCUCUCCUCCGUCUACUGGUGGUCCCCACUUGUGCAGGAGUGGUGCUGUCUAAAGUGUGGCUGUUGGACACUUCCCUCUCCUCCUCCUUCCCUCUGGACACUGACUGGAGCCAACUCACCUCCUCACCUCUCAUCAGAUAUGCAGAGUCUGCCACCCACACCCACAGUCUCUCAGUGGCACACGUGGUACUCCACAGACCACCCUCCUCACAUGACACACCAGCCUCAGCUGCUGACCCCAGUCCUCUGCCCUUCAUAUUUAGUGUCAGUGUUGGGAGUUUGGAUGCUGAAUCUGAACAGCUCCAGCCCCAUUCCCCACCCUCUGCCUCCAGUGUGUCAGAAGCCACAGAGCUAGUGGUGGAGUACUGGACUGGCAAGAAAGACAAGGAGAAGAUAUCACUGAAGGUUCGCUGUGUAAUGGCAGCGUGUGACGGCCAGGGACUCAAUGUCACCACCAUCUCGAGGGACAAGAGAGGGAAGGGGAUUAGGAUACGGAAGAAGGAGAAGGAAGGGGAGAGUGGUAGCUCCAUCACUAGUCUCUCCACCUCACAGCUCCUCUGUAGACCUGCCAACAAACAGGACAGUCUCAGCGUUGUGGUGGAUGGCGUGGAGUGGCCCGAUGUAAGUUCUCUCAAAAUCACUGCGAACACCGGGCAUUUCAUCACUAUAGCAACAGCAAACUCUGCUCCACCCAUGGACCUAUCACACUGAUUAGUUUCGCAUUAGAGUAUAAUUGCAAAAAUUACGCGCAUGCGAAUAUCACAUGCACCGGUUACGCAUGCGCAUAUUAUUACAGCCGUGUGCGCUGCGGGACCGAACAGGGAGGAAAGAGAAGCUGUUGAGUGGCAAGUUGCUGAGCAUGAGAUAGCUGCACAGCCUUCGUGCCCGGCCCGGGGUUUUGAACAUAGUGCUGUGUUAUUCUUACAAGACAGUCAUGCGUGUUGUAGCAUUGAUAAGUGGAGGCAAGGACUCGUGUUACAGUGCCAUGCAGUGCGUGGCUGCAGGACACACACUAGUCGCUCUCGCUAACCUCCAGCCAGAGGGCAAAGAGGAAGAGCUGGAUAGUUACAUGUUCCAGACAGUGGGCCACGAGGCAGUGGAGUUAGUGGCACAUGCAAUGGGCCUGCCUCUCUACCGUGCCACCACCAGUGGGCGGAGCAAGGGGCGUGGUCUCCAGUACAGGCAGCAGGAGGGAGACGAAGUUGAGGACUUGUUUGGCCUACUGCAGGGAGUACAAAGGUUGGAGAAGGUGGAGGGUGUGGCUUCAGGAGCAGUGUUGUCCGACUACCAGAGACUGCGGGUGGAGCAUGUGUGCCAGAGGCUGGGGCUGACGAGUCUGGCGUUGCUAUGGCGACGAGAGCAGAGCGAGCUAUUGGAGGAGAUGAUAUUGUCUGGUGUGAGUGCGGUCCUGGUCAAGGUGGCCUGCAUUGGCCUGAAGGCGAGUCAUUUGGGUCGCAGUCUCCAAGAAAUGAAGCCACACCUCUCGAAACUGGUGAGACCAUCUCUGCUGACCUGUGACCCCGCCUCCACCUCCCUGCAGGCCAGGCAGUAUGGGGUUAAUGUGUGUGGAGAGGGAGGUGAGUACGAGACACUGACUCUGGACUGCCCUCUCUUCUCCCACUCGAUUGUCAUAGCACAGCUCAAACCUUCCCUCCUCCUCCUCCUCUUCUUCCUCUUCUUCCUCAUUCUCAGAAAUGGACAAGAAUUUAAUAACAGCCACAAAAGUGGACCCCUCUCUAUGGUGUCGCCUUACGAGGUAUCAGCGGACAGUGUCGCCACUGUUAGUGACAGUGUGAGGGGAGAGGAGUGGAGGGUGUGGAGGUGGGCGGGGUUUGAUGGAAGAGGAGAGGACGUAUCCCAGCAGACUAGCCAUGUACUCACCCAGCUGUCGAGCUGGUUGGAGGAGCGUGGAGCCAUGUCGAGAGACGUGGCCCUGAGUCAUCUCUUCCUCUCGUCAAUGGAGGACUUCCCUCUCGUUAACUCUCUCUAUAAACAGUUUUUCCCUUCCUCUCCUCCUGCAAGAGUAUGUGUCCAGGUGUCCUUGCCACAGGGUGUCCUCCUGAGAUUAGAGACUCUCCUCUACCAGCCAGAGAGAGGGGAGGAGGGGGAUGCAGAGAGAGGACUGGUGGAGAUGCACGUUCAGUCAGUGUCAGGCUGGGCUCCAGCUAACAUUGGUCCCUACAGUCAGGCAGUCAGGGUGUCUGAUAAGAUGAGUGGGUGUGGCCCCGUCAUCGCGUUUGUUCGAGUCCCGGGGCUGCCACGAGGAGCGUGUGUGGAGUGGUCUUUCACAGCCCUCUCCUCCCCACAUUCUCCUCUCCACCGCCCCGAGUCCCCCAGAGUGGGUCUGUGUGAUGCAGGGAAGGUGUGUGUGAGAGAGCUGAGCCAGAGAUUGACUCCGCUGGGUCUGUCAGAGAGAAGACUGACCACGCUGAGGUGGUUCCUGCCUCACUUCUCCUCCACACCAACUCACUCAUCUGCCGAACUGUUUGGUUUGACUCUCGCCUGCCCUUCAGUGGCUGCCACCAUAUGUGAGGGCUAUUUUGGCCAGAACUGCAGUCUCUCACUCCUGGCCAGACCUCCUCCCUUCCUGACUGAUCCUAACCGCACACCUUCACCCUUCUCACACAUCAUUGUUUCCACUUGCUGUGAAAUGAAAUGUGAAAUGUGCAACUUCUGCAUGCCACUGAUCGAGUGUCAGAUUUACAGCUAA